CGCCGGCCGCCCCUCGCCGCGCGGCUGGUCAAGCGCUCCUCUUCGCUGUCGGGUUUACAGGCUCGGCCUUCGGGUCCGCUGCCAUCUGGCAGUAUGAGUCACUCAAGUCGCGGGUCCAGACCUACUUCGAGGAAGCUCGAGCGGACUGGAUGGAUAAAAUGCGGCCGCAGAAGAGAGGUGACUUCAGAAAGCAGGUUAACAGCUGGUGGAAUAGCCUGACUGAGGGUCAGCGGACUGUGACAGGUAUUAUAGCUGCAAAUGCCUUUGUAUUCUGUUUGUGGAGGCUGCCCGGCAUGCGACGGAUUAUGUUUACAUAUUUCACCUCAAAUCCAUCCUCCAAAGCCCUGUGUUCUCCCAUGCUGCUCUCUACGUUUAGUCACUUCUCUCUGUUCCACAUGGCAGCAAAUAUGUAUGUUUUAUGGAGUUUUUCCAGCAGCAUUGUCUCUCUUCUGGGAUGCGAGCAGUUCAUUGCAGUAUAUCUUUCUGCUGGGGUUAUCUCCACUUUUGUCAGUUAUGUUGCUAAAAUGGCCACUGGAAGGUUUGAACCAUCCCUUGGAGCUUCAGGAGCUAUAAUGACUGUCCUUGCAGCCGUAUGUACAAAGAUGCCCGAAGCAAAACUGGCCAUCAUACUUCUUCCAAUGUUCACAUUUACAGCAGGAAGCGCUUUAAAAGCCAUAAUUGCAUUUGACACUGCAGGACUUGCUUUAGGCUGGAGACUUUUUGACCAUGCUGCACACCUUGGGGGAGCUCUCUUUGGAAUGUGGUACGUGACUUAUGGCCAUGAGCUCAUAUGGAAGAACAGAGAACCACUGGUGAAAGCUUGGCAUGAAUUGAGGACAAAGAACGCAGGAAAGGGAGGAGGUGGAAGAUCUAGCUGAUUCUAAUACUAGAGGUUCCUUGUGCCCAAGUGGUAUAUUACUUGAAGAUGUGGGACUGAAUUGGUUUUGAAGGGCUUUUUUGCUACUCCACAUUAAGCCUCUGAGGAGCUGAAGUUUCUAAUGUAACAAAAUUAUGUUACAAAAACGCAUAUCCGUAGAAAAUGAACUCUGACGAAGGUGGAACAAUAAAGGUUUUUAUCCUAUUGCUUUCUGA